AUGAAGAAAAAAGACCAAAAUAGUAAAAGUAAAUCCAAAAAACCAAAAGUUUCUAAAAAUGAUAAAAGUAAGAAGUUUAAGAAAAAGCCAAAAUAUGAUAAUAAAGCCAAUAACAAACUAAAAAACAACAAUAAACCUAAAAAAGUGAAUAAUACUGUGAAAAAAACUAAUAAAUUAAAGGAAUCCAAGUUGGAAUAUAAAAAACGAUUAAAUAAAUCAUAUUCGUUGUUACUUUUAAACCAUAAAGAUCCUUUAAAAUCUAAAGAAAUCAUAGAUUCCUUGCUGAAAGAAUUGCCUACGAAUUUCUCAGAAGGAAUUAACAGGAAGAAUGUUUCUAGAAUACUCCAGGCAUGUUUAAAGUAUGGCGACGCUGAUGUAAGAAGCUCAAUUUCGCAGAGGUUUAGGGACGGACUUAACCUGAAUAACCUCAACAGCCAUAGCAGUAAAUUCCUUAUAAAGCUGUUUCACUACUGUAACACUGAUGUUAAGCAGUUUUUGAGGUCCGCCUUCUUCAACGAGAAGCAGAAGAACCUGAUCUUCAGCAGAUUCUCAUCUGACGUUAUGGACAUCAUUUACUCAAAACUGAGGCCUAAAGAUCAAAUUUCAGUUUUACAGCUUUACACCUUUUCAAACUCAUUUUACUUGAACAAUGAUGAGACGAGGAAGGCCAAAGAAGUCAAUUCAAUUAACCAGUUAAUACAGCUCAUUUCAACAUCAACUUCAAAGUCAUCCUGCUUAGGUACUUCUAUAUUUGUAAUUUGUUGUUUUUUAUAUUUAAAAAAGAUGGACUCGGUGAUUACAAAGUUGGCUGAGAAGGAAUUGAUGAUUUCAAGUCUGUCCCACGACUUACUGUUCGUGUACGUGAGCUUGAUAGAGGAUAAGACUGAAUUGGUAUCGCAGCUGCAUAAAAUUUACGGCCAGCUUUUGUCUACGAGAAGCGGCAAUAACUCAAUUCUCGCACUGAUGGACUACGCAAACGCUAAGAUCAAAAAGCAUAUCAUCAAGAGCAUGAAACGCGACUUUCCAGAAGCAGUUUAUAACAAAAUUAAUGUAAACUUUUUGAUUAAAUUGGUUAAUGUCACAGAUGACACAAAAGUAGUGUUCCAACACUUGGUUGAGCCGCUACUAGAAGAUUUAAACCGUCUUCUACACGACGCAAAUUCAGUUAAAUUUGUGCUAAAUUUGUUGAAUACAGUUGAUACAACUUCCCCAAACACGCUAAAGGAAGAUAAGGUGAGGAAGGAAGAAUUACAGAGGGAGUUCUUGCCAAAAUUGGUUGAAUAUUUCAAGGAAUCGGACUUGAAAUCAUGUAUACUAGACAAGAAUUGCAGCCAAGUCCUAUUACACACCUUGAAAAUAUCGAAGGAUUCUAACCUUCUGGACUCAGUUCUAUCACUUUUCAGUGAAAACUUAUCUGAAUUCCUCGAUAACCAGCAAGUGAUAAGGUUAUACCAGAGCAUGGUCAAGUGCAAAAAUAAGAUAAGUGAGGAGUUUAAGGAAUUUAAAGUGAAUGAAAGACUAUGGGAGCAUGUUAAAUCAGAUGUUAAACGCGUUUUGAGCUCGAAAUCAGUUUUUUUGCUCAUAGAUUUACUGGAAUCGUUCCAAAUCCGGAACCAAACUGAUUUAAUUAGUGAUUUCAAAGAUACUGUAACAAUUGACAUUAUCAAUGAAGCUAAAAGUGCACUAACAGGUAUAAUUUGUAUACUAAAAUGUGUUUAG